UGUCGAUUGAGUCCCAAUCUCACCCAAACAUCAUCGGUCUGGUGGCUAUCCUGUAGCAAUCACCUCGCCGUGUGCCGAGCUCUUCGGUCAUCCCUGUCCUGCUUUCUCUGACCGCUUCUCCUGCCAAAGACUUGUCCCUGUGUCUCAGCGCUCUCAUCUGCACUUCCAAAAUCGAUCUUGCUCCCAACAGUGGUCAUAAUGUCGGGCUCGCCAUCCAUAUCUCCAUCUCCAUCUCCAUCUCCAUCUCCAUCCAUAUCUCCAUCUCCAUCUCCAUCCAUAUCUCCAUCCAUAUCUCCAUCUCCGUCUGCAUCUCCGUCGUCAGAGUCGAGGCCCUUGUAUCCCAGCACCUCUCCUCCGAUUCCCUUGCUCCACACCCUUCCCCGACAGUAUGCCUCCUCCAACUUCGUCACUCAAUCUUUGCUCUUCGUUUUCCUGCACCCGUGAUUCACACCGCAGCUCUUCUCUUCAAGUUUUUGAUAUGUUCCCUCACGAGAUAUCGGUUUACAACCGCCUCGUUGCUAUUCUUGAGUCAGGGGACGUUCGAAUUCAGGAAAUUGGGUUCGUCCCCACCGACUGCAUCCCCUCCGACGACAAUCCGAACUACCCGUUCGUGCUUAUCGAUGACAAUCUCGGGAUCUCUACCGAUAGUAUCUCCCUGCUCUUUGAAGUUGCGUCUGCCAUCUUCCAAUCGUCCAGGAAGCUCUUUCGACAGCAAUCCCAGUCCAUUCGAGAACUCUGCCAGUCGUCCAAAAUCCUUGUCCUCCUCAACCCAGAGAUCUACUCCGUAUGGAAUGCGAGAAAGGACCUUUUAUCUUCAGGGUUAUUGCAGCUGCAACCAGAACUGGAACUCUUGACACUUGUCUUCUCCAAGUUUCCAAAGAGUACCCAGGGAUGGAAUCAUCGUCACUGGAUCAUGCGGCGCUUGAAGUCUUCUCUCACCGACCAAGAGUUCCAUCGUCACUGUCAAUGUGAACUCGAUGUUUGCGAUCGUGCAUCCGAACGCCACAAGACAAACUACCACGCUUGGACUCAUCGGCGCAAAAUUGUCGACAUGUGUCCUGCUCUGAUUCCUCAAGACCUGAUCCUGAGCAAACGAUGGUGCCAGUCACAUCUGUCCGAUUACAGCGGAUGGCAUCACCGCCAGUCGCUCCUGAGGGAUGCGUUUACAUCAGAAUCACCCACUAAUCAGUUCAGCUGGAUCGAGGAGUGCAUAUUCAUCGAAGAGAGCAUUCAAAAAUAUCCCGGAUACGAAGCUCUGUGGCUCCACUUGCGGUUUGUUGUCGGUCAAAUGCUCACUCCGCUCCUGAGCCAGUCCGACUCAUCCGUGGAUCCCCGCACACCUCUUGAGGACGAACGGCGAUUACUAUGGGGUCGCUUUUGUUCUUCGAUCACAAGCCUCAAGAAUCCCGCCGAAAUGCGAGCACUACACCCCACCGAAGCGUCGAUUCCGGAUAUUUUGAGCCAUAUUCUUGAUUUCGUAGCGUUGCGCGCGCAAACAGAUGAAACAGCUCAGGGUCUGGAUCAAGAUCGGAAGCUAGCUCAGCGAAAGUAUGCCCUCCUGCUUGCACUCUGGAUCGGUCAGGCUCUCAAAUUGAACAAAGAAGAAACAAAGCCCGUUUCAGCGAGGCUCUAUGAAACAGGAUUGGUCGUUGCCAAGUACUGGCGUUAAGCUCGGUUCCGGUGAAUACAAUUCUCUUUUAGCCCUCAAAUA